UUGAGAAUCCCUGGUCUAGUCCAUUCCAGAACUGGACAUUCUGUGUCGUCACAAACAGGGGUGCUCAGUCACGUGUAGGAUUCCAGACUUUUGCAUUUUCUCCAUACUAAGUGCUGUCAGCUAGGCAAUAUUUUCUCCUAACAUGGGCAAUGUGACCAGAGGUUUCUGUGGAAAGAAGCAUCCAUCUGAACCCCAGAAGGAGAGUGGACUUCAUGAAGUGGACAAAGUAUUUGAAACCAUUAUGGCCAAUGAUCUUGCUGCACUUCAACGGGCACUGCAUCAACAUCUAAGCCAACCAUUUCCAACUUGUCCUUACGGAGUGCACGACUCGGGAAGAUACAUGGAUUGCAUGCUACCAUCUUCUGCAGACUUCGAAAUGAGUUGCAAAGCCGUCGGAUUUCUGUGGAACAUGCUUUCGAUCAUUGCAGCAAGAAGUGAUGAACAGCAUCCUCAGCUCUGGCUUGGGAAGAGGGGCCAGAUAAUUUCGGACCUGUGCAAUCAGUGUUAUCUCAGCCCUCUACAUUUAACGGUACGCGUUGGAUACCCUCAGCUUAUACCACCCCUUGUGGACCAAGGGCUAGAUAUCAACACCAGGACUAAGGGAGGUCUAACCGCUCUCCACCUGGCCUCUGAAUCUCUCCACCGAGCAGCCAUCGAAAUGCUACUGCACUCCGGGGCCAAUGUCCAUCUCACCACGCCACUCACUCAAAGGAGCGCCCUCCACAUUGCCAUUGAGUCUUCGUCGUCUAAAUGCGGCAUCAGCUUGGCGGCCGGCGAAGAGUGCAUCAAGCUCCUCUUGCUCAACGGCGCAAACGUGCGCAUGCGAGACUGGGAAGGACGAGAAGCUAUUCACAUGGCGUGCCAGAGUGGCAGAGAAGAUCUCAUCAGCCUCCUGCUCAAUCACGGCGCGGACAUCAACGCUUUAACCAAGCAAGGGGAGUCGCCGCUCUUCCUCUUCCUGGAAAGUGCGUUCUGCCCACGAAAGGCACAGCUACUGGAUAAACUGCUGAGCCUGUCGUACCCUCUGAAAUUAAUGGCCUCCGAAGGCCGUCUACCCAACAGGCUCAUCUCUCCAAGUGAAGAACCACUGAAAGACAAGCUCAUGGCGUUGUCUUUGGAAGUCCUGCCCCUGCAGGAGAUCUGCAAAUUUAAUAUCAGGAAAACGUAUGGAGAAAACAUGAAACGCUGGCUGUGGGGGAUGCUUCCCACCAGGCUGUGGAACUCCAUAUACCUGACACAAGAAUUCUCCUAUGCGGCAAAAAUAAAAAACAGAAAAGCGCAACUGGGAAUCCCAGCCACCAAAAGCAGCAGAAACUGGGCCCCGUGACAGGGUCUGAAUAAAAAAUAAACAUCGUGUUUUGAAGCACUUCUAAUUCUCUUGAGUGUUAUGCAAUGACCACCAUUUAAAAGAUGGUCAAAGUAGAAUCUAUCGAAGCGUAAUGGAAGAGGAGGCUUCGACAUUCAGAGACACCUAUGGAGAGAUGGUGUGCUCAACAGGACUCCUUUGUCCUCCUCAUCUCCUUUGCUACAUCAGAAAUGGUGUCCAAAUGGCUGCUGCUCCAGAAAAGAAAAAGCACCAAAAGGCAUACUUAAGCCCACAUGUGGCAAGGGUUUUUUUUGGCUGGGUUCACUCAACAGAUGUUUGACUGAAAGCAGAAGAGAAUGACUUCAUACAUUUUCACGUCUCAACCAACAAAACAGCGAAUACUGUAUCUGUAACAGAGAUUUUCAAAUGUCCUACCUUCAGGGAACCCUUUUCUUGUGUACCAAGGAACUCUAUGUGGAUUAUGGGUUCAGAGGUGCACUUUCAGUUCACAGGGCAGAAGGAAUAGAGACUGGAGCUUGGGUCACUGAACCAAACAUACACUACGUGCUGCAGAAGGCACCCCAUACCACCCCCUGCGGUGGUCACACACUGCAAGGAAGACUGGAAACAAUGGAUCAUGGCCUUGUUCACACGACUGUCCCCUGAGAGGGGGAGGUAUGCUCCAGCUGUGUGGAAGGUAAAAGCUUGUUCAGAGGAGGGGAAAGUGACUGGGUGCAAGAUGGGUGCAGGUACCGAUGGUGUUUCCUUCUACCUUGGUAAAAUGCUGGGUAGGGCACAUCAAAGUCUGGGGCCCUCUCACACACAGAUCUUCACUUUUGCCUCCGUCAACUUUGCUUUUAGCUCACACGUGGCCAAAAAUCAGAAGCACGCACAGCUCCAAAAGGCGGGCAGAAUGCUUGUCCUAUUCAUGCAACAGUUGUGUGAGCAGUCCUAAUCGGUCCUCCUGAGAAGGAACCCACCGCAGAACUUCCAGUGAGGAGCCUCUGAUAGGCUUCGGGGGACUCUCAAGCUCCCUGGGAACAUCUGUUGAAAACCAGUGGUUUAUAUACACAAAUGCAAUUGUGUUGACUAAUUAUAUUGACCGCAGAUCUAUACACACGCCUAUCAAUCAGUACCAGCGUCAUCAGCUGUGAACUGCCCUAUAGACCUGGAUAUCGGUGGUAUAAAAACAUGUUAAAAAUAAAGUACACACUAUUCAGGAAAACUCAAGGGAAACAACGCUUCUCUAUACCAUCAGGGAGGGCUGCCCGAGAGCCUCAGUAAGCCAGUCUGGGCUCUUUGGAGGAAGGGAGUGGGGAUACGUGCAAUAAAAUAUGCACGUAUAUACAUGCAUGCACAAAGUUCUGCAGUAAAA